AUGAUGUUGUGUUUGUCCUUUUUCUUUAUCCUCCCACUUCUCAUCAUCAUCGUCUGUUUCGUCAGGAACAGGAAAAGGAUCAAGGAAACUGUCUUUGGGAUUAAGAGGGAUAAGUAUAAAUCUGUGCAAGUGAGUCACUCGUCGUCAGUGGCUGCAGCAACGAACGCCACGUUAUCAGCCGCGUGUCCCAACACAGUAAUUACCUUAGACAUGACUUCUGCAACCAAAUCAACAGCAUCAUCUGCGACAACAGCAGCAGCAACGAAUUAUGAUGAUGAAUUCAAGAAGGAGAAGAAGAGAAGAUGUUUUUUGUUUGCUGGGCUGAGGAACAUUUUCAACAGGGUGGGUGGCAGUGGGGAUGGAGUCAACCAUUCUCACCAACAACUUUUGUGGCAGCAGCAGCAACAACAACAACAACAACACCAGGAAUUGCUUCAACAUUUGCCGGUUAAUCUUGCAGACAGUUGCAAAUUUGUAAUUAACCCGAACAAAGAAACCAUAUCAGUUAGUAAAGAAGACAGUAAAAUUAACCAAGUCACUGAUAACAAUAAAUGCAAAUCACAGGAACAAAGGACUGGGUUAUAUGAAUUCCCUAUUAUGAAGAUGAUUGAAAAAUCGAAAUAG